CUGAGAAGCACUGACCUUUGAAAUCCAGCAGUUGCAAAAAGAAGAAAAGAACCGGGGAGGUUGCUGCAACUUCAGUUGUUGAUAGAGGAAAAUGAUGAGGUUGAGGACAUACGUGGGGCUUAGUUUGGUUGCGACUUUAGCAAUCAUUCAUCAUGCGUUUAACAGUAGAGGCCAGUUUUAUCCGGCUAUGGUUUACUUAUCUACCUCCAAGAUCAGUCUGGUGCUCCUUCUCAACAUGGGUCUUGUCAUUAUGUGCAUUUUGUGGCAAUUAAUCAAACGGGUAUUCCUUGGUUCUCUUCGUGAAGCUGAGGUUGAGAGGUUAAAUGAGCAGUCAUGGAGGGAGGUCAUGGAGAUUCUCUUUGCCAUCACUAUUUUCCGGCAGGAUUUCUCAGUUACUUUUCUUGCUAUGGUCACAGCUCUGUUGUUAAUCAAGGCUUUGCAUUGGUUGGCACAGAAGAGGGUGGAGUACAUUGAGACAACACCUUCUGUUCCCACCUUGUCCCAUAUCCGGAUAGUUUCUUUUCUGGGGUUUCUUCUUCUUCUAGAUUGUCUCUUUCUUUACAGCUCUAUAAAGUUUUUGAUUCAAACAAGACAAGCUUCAGUUUCCCUGUUCUUCUCCUUUGAGUACAUGAUACUGGCAACAACAACAGUGUCAACUUUUGUUAAAUAUAUUUUCUAUGUGAGUGACAUGCUCAUGGAAGGACAAUGGGAGAAAAAGGCUGUCUAUACCUUUUACUUGGAGCUCAUCCGGGACUUGCUUCACUUGUCUAUGUAUUUGUGUUUUUUCCUUGUGAUUUUCAUGAACUAUGGGAUACCUUUGCACUUAAUACGAGAGCUUUAUGAGACAUUUAGGAAUUUCAAAAUUCGUGUUGCUGACUAUAUUCGUUACCGUAAGAUCACUUCAAAUAUGAAUGAUAGAUUCCCAGAUGCUACACCAGAGGAGCUCAAUGCAAGUGAUGCAACCUGCAUUAUAUGCCGUGAAGAGAUGAUCACUGCAAAGAAAUUAUUAUGUGGACAUCUUUUUCAUAUACAUUGCCUACGCUCAUGGCUAGAAAGGCAGCACACAUGCCCUACUUGCAGAGCACUAGUUGUGCCACCUGAAAAUGGAGCCAGUUCUUCUGGAGGGCAACAUCGAUCGCGGCCAGAUGCUUAUCAACAAGGGUCAGGAUUCUCUAAUGCUGCUCAAGGUUCUGCUGGUGGUGUGGUCAAUGAUAAUUUGACUCCACAUCAAGUCAGGCUCCAAGCUGCUUUGGCAGCAGCCUCAAUAUAUGAAAAGUCUUAUGUUUAUCCUUCUGCAAACACUCUAGUUUGGUCUCCCGGAUAUGCUGUAGUUCCCCCGGGUUAUAGGUCUGCACCUGAUUCCUCCAAUGAGGAAUCUGGUGGCAAACAGACGUAUGUUGGACAACAACAAUUUGCAGUUCCUGGCGAAUCUGCAAAUUUGUCCCAUCCCCAAUUUCCACAUUGUAUUUUUGUCCCUGUUCAGUUACCUGGUGCCAGUGGUAAUUCUGCUGAAUUUUUAGGCAGUAACACAAGUACUGUGGUUCCCCAGUUGGAAGCUCAGGAGAAAUUUCUUCAAUACCAGAUUGAGGUGCUGCAAAACCGGCUCCAGCUCCUGCAGAAGCAGAAGAAUGAGGAAAGCUCAGACAUUGAUCCUACAGCCUCAUCAGAUUUAAAAGGGAAAAGUGUGGCGACCUCUGUUUCACACAGUGGUGGGCAUGAGGAGAUUGGAGAGAGUACAUAGUUCUAUAACAGCUGUGUUUAUCAUACUGCAGCUAAUGAGUGAACACUGGGAAAGAGUUAGAUGAAAGGUUUUGGCAUUGCACUUGAAAGGUUGGGUGAUGAGGGAUAAUGCUGUAGAUUAUGAGCUCUACCUCUUAAUUUAUGAACUAAAAAGGCUGGAAGUUAUAAACGGUUAAUCAAUUUGCAUUGAAAUCUUAUCUUGUUCUGCUGUAUAAGAAUUGAUCAGUAGGUUCUAAAAUGGUAGGGACUCAUUUGAUAAUGAAAACUCUAAUUUUCUUGGAUUGCUGUGUCUUUGAUUAAGAGAAAAGCAGUGCCUUCAUCAUAAAGGGAAGCGUUUGUC